CUAAUCUGUGUUAAUUUUAUCGUAAUGACAUUGCGGUGGUGAAGGCGUCUUUUUGGUGAAAUAUUCUUUAUCAGUCUUAUUUAUACUAUUAAAGUGCUAUAAUGAAAUCUAAAAAACGACACCAGUCAUCUUCUGAGGAUUCAGAACAGUCGGAAGGAAGUGACAAGUCUACCAGUACGUCGGAAAGCGACACUGAAGAAUCUUCAGUAUCGGAACACCACCGGUACAAGAAGAAAAGAAAACGUGCCGAUUCCUCAGAUUCAGAAAGUGACUCAGACGAUCAAAAGCGCGUUAAAAAACGUAAACAUAAGAAAAAAAAGAAGAAACACGGAAAGAAAAAAAGACGACAUUCUGUCGAAGAAAGUGCAUCGGGUGAAGAGGCGUCUUCCGUAAGCGAGGGUGAGAUUUCGUCGAAAAAGAAGAGGAAACACAAGCACAAACAUAAGCGUGCACGAAGUAUAACAUUAAGUGAUCCAGAUGAAUGGCGUGAAGAGCGUCGGUUACACAGUGUCGUAGAACGCAGGGCAUCAUCAGAAGAUGGUAGUCAACCUUCACGCACAUAUUACCAGAAGGAGUACCCUCGUUCAACAUCAGGAGACAAUUAUGACAGAGAACGUGAAAUGCAGAGAUUUUACCGAGGAUCAAGUAAAGAGCGCAGACAGUAUCAGGAACCAUAUGAACACAAUCGUAAUGACAGAUAUGCAUCAUAUCAGCACGAGAAAUAUGAUAAAAAUAAACAGAAAUUUAGCCAAAGUGUGCAUUAUAAAGGUUCUUAUGAGGAGCAUGGCCGAAGACAACAGGCAUAUGAUGAAUAUAGAAGGGGUCAGAAAUACGAUAACCCACGGCCGCAAGAAGAUUACCGUAGAAGACCCAGAGAAGACAACUAUCAUCCUGGAGAACAACAGAGAGGAUUCAACAAAAGAUUCAAUCAAUUUGAAGACAAAGGACCCAAUCGGCGUGUAUAUGAAGAGAACACCAGACCAGAUUAUCGUGAUCGUGAAAGGCGCGGCCCCCCUGAGCAGGGACGUUUCCGGGAGAGGGAAUAUCCUGACAGGCGAGAGAAAUACCGCGAAGAGGAUUACAGUACAGAGAGGCAGCGAGAGAUGCGCCGCGAUAAACAGGGCAGAUCGGAUAAGUCACCAACGCACCGAGAUAGGGAUCAGUCAAGAUCAAAAAGUUUAGAGGACCGCCAGAGGGAAAAAAUUAGGCGACCUGACUUCAGAGAGAAAAAAGAAGAACGAUAUAGGGAUCGCGAGGAUUGUGACGGUGAGCGAGCGUUAAGGAACAACGAACGCCGGGACGAUCGCAGAGAUGAACAUCGUGAUGAUCGCAGAGAUGAACGUCGGGACGAUCGCAGGGAUGAACGUCGCGUUGAUCGCAGGGAUGAACGCCGGGAUGAUCGUCGCGAUGACCGUCGGGAUGAUCGCCGCGACGAUCGGCGGGAUGAAAAUAGGCCGAUUAUUAAAUCGGAGCCCAAACCUAGAGAGCGUAAGAGCAGAUUUGCAGACGCUGAUAAUAAAGAAUACAACUGGGGUAAAGCUGAGGUAAAGGAUGAAGGGGGAAAGAACCAAGGUGACAAAGAGAAGCCUAACUUUGGUCUGUCUGGUAAGCUGACGGCGGACGCGAAUACCGUCAAUGGAGUUGUUAUCAAAUAUACGGAACCCGACGAUGCUAAACAACCAAAGAGAAGAUGGAGAUUCUAUCCGUUCAAAGGAGACAAGGCUCUGCCGAUUCUUUACAUUCACCGGCAGUCUGCUUUCCUGAUCGGACGCGACAAGAAGGUGGCUGAUAUUCCGCUGGAGCAUCCGUCCAUCAGCAAGCAGCACGCCGCGCUGCAGUUCCGCGCCACGCCCUUCGAGCGGCCCGACGGCUCCACCGGCCGCCGAGUGCGUCCCUAUGUCAUCGACCUUGAAUCUGCAAAUGGGACCUUCGUGAACAACAAGAAGAUAGAGCCGCGUCGUUAUGUGGAACUCCUUGAACGUGACGUUGUUAAAUUCGGAUUCUCUCAGCGGGAAUAUGUGCUGUUGCACGAGAAUAGUAAGGACGACGCGCAAGAUGAUGAUCAUCAGGACCCGCCCAAUAUCGGAGAUAACGUCACAACAACAGAGCAGAUCAAACAAGACAAACGCGUCAAACAGGAACUUGCCGAAGACGGGGAAUAAAUACUGCGUGUCCGGUACAGUACAUACGUGAAAUUUGAUGUGAUCAAUAGCAAUAUUGUAGAUACAAUAUCAUAUUUUUGUCAGGUUGUAAUAUGUGUAGACAAAUUGUGUUUAUAUUUCUACAAAUGUUGUUCUUUAGCUUUGCGAAAUCACGAGUUACGUAAAAAUGUGAUGUUUACGUAUAUAAAUAUAUAGAUAUAAAAAUUUCAAAGGUGUAAUAGAAAUGUCUAUCUUUCGUUACAUUGGGGUUUAGCGCUUUGCUACCGUUCAAUUCAACUAUGAUGUAUAUGCAGUAUGUUUUCUCUUCCUCAUACCGCAAAUAGUAAGUAAGUAGUGAAAUUGAAAUGAGUAGAAAUUGCGUCUAAAUUAUUGUACGAUUAUUCAUUUAAAAUGCAUGAAUGAUGACUUAAGAGACCAUUCUCAUAACUACUAAUUCUUGACAAUGGAAGGACAAUUAAAGUUUUUAUGACAUAUAUGUACAUGCAAAGAGUUAAAAAAAUAUUAGCUUGAUAUAGAUUUAAUUGAAAAUUCAACAAAAAUUUGUAUUAAAAACAGCUUUUACAGUUUAUUUAUCGUAUUCCUUUAAUUAGAAUUAAUUAUUUAAAUAUAUAUCAAUACUACAAAGACAAGACUUUCUCUCUCAUAUUAUACUCGAAAAGAGUUUUUA